UGACGCGUUUGCUUUUAUUUCGUUUCCUGGUUAUACCAGAAUCGGCAGAAAUUUCCCUCAUCGGCAUCCAGUGCGGAAUGAAUUAAGAACGCUUUCUUCUAACUAGGUUUUUGCUUAACUUCACUAUGGUUGUUACGGCUGAAGUGCUUCGUGAUAAACUCUUGAAAGAGCUUGAAGCCGUACAUGUGGAGAUUGAAGAUACAUCCCCAAACAGAUGUGCGGCCAGCUUCAAAGCCCUAAUAGUGUCCUGCCAGUUUGAGGGCAAACCACUGCUACAGAGACACAGGCUGGUCAACGGCUGUUUAGCUGCAGAGCUGAAAGAAAUCCACGCAUUUGAACAGAAGACUCUCACGCCGGAACAGUGGGAAAAGCAGAAAUCGCAGUGAUGAACGCACACAUUGAAACAUGCACUGAUACGUUUACGGUCGAGUUACAUAGUGUAAUUUAACAAAGUUACUCCAAUGUAUCAUACAGUAUUAGUAAUGAUGGAUUUAACUUUCAAUGAGUAAAUCUUUCCCUUCCUCCUUGCUGUCUCCAUUUGAUUAACACAGAAUUAAUUACAAAAAUUAUUUUUUGUAAUGGUCACUGGAUAAGGUUAAAGAGGUUUUUACUUGAGUUGGCAUUAUUCAAAUUGAGGAUAUUCGUUAAGCCUAUGAGUUAUCUAUAAUGCAAUACAGUGAUACAGGCCAUCAUGUUUUAGUCACUAAGCCACCAGAGACGGACAUCCCAAAUGUUCAGGUUCCAAAAAACAAUCAUUUGCAAUCCACAAUAAAUGUGUACAAAUAAAAGACCAUCUGAGCCAUAAUAGCCGUUUUAUAACAUCGUAGAAACAAUGCUUAUAUUGAACACGUGUUUAUUUGUAUCGAUAUAUUUGGGUGUGUCUUGUAUCAAAAUAAUGAAUGCAGUAAGCACCAUGACGUCAUAUGCCACCAUUACGCUCACUGUUUAAUUCCCUUUAUUACUCCCUUGUCUUGACGCGCCAGAGUUCAAAUAUACAUUACUAAUUCAAUAUUCAAAUGCUCCAAACACUCCCACUCACAAAACACACAUUUAUCCCCUGGAGCGGAGGGCAGAGGCCCUGCAUAAGUCCACAUUAGGCUAGGCUGGUGUGUGGCGAACCUCGCAUAAAAGGGGCGACGCAGGUCUGCACAUCAAGCGUAAACAACGGACCACUCACAGACGGACCACCUGCCUUGAGGUCUUCAUGGGGUUCAGAAGGGACACAUUAGAAGCUCUCCCCCCUUCUCCACUGACCUUGUGUUUACUGGGUACGGGGAAGGCUUAUGAGGCUAUCGAUUGCCCCCCGCGUCGCCGGACACAUUUCCCCGUCCCCACAAAUGUGCUGAUAAGUGUACCAAUGUUCUCCAACUGUCAUUUUGAGGCUCCCGUUUUGAGUGAGUCCUCAAUAAUCAACUGAAUGGAUGUCAACCAUUUUUUGCAAGUACUCCCCACUGAAUGUGAAAUUAAAAACUUUAGUUACGUUAGAAGUAUACUUGUUUU